AUGUCCACUAUGCGCAUAGCAGUAGCAGGUACCUGCGGUCUAGCACUCAUCAUCGCCCGAGAGAUUCACGAGCAGACAAGCCAUCAACUACUGAUUCUAUCAAGAAGUCAUCAACCGGGUCUUAUUUCCCAAGGAUACCAAUGCCAGGUCGUCGACUACAAUGACACAAACUCAAUCCAACAUUCUUUGAUGGGGGUCGAUACCGUCAUAUCCACCGUUACGGGAAACGCUCAACUGCGUUUGAUCGAGGCAGCUGUUCAAUGCCGGGUGCGCCGAUUUGCACCAGCUGAGUUUGAAGGGCAACCUGGUCUACGAAUUCAGAGCGAUCCACUUGAUCGUGGGAAAGCAGCUGCACUUGCAUUGCUGCACAACUACCGCGCCUACAUACAAUUCACCGUGUUUGUUUGUGGCAUACUCUACGAAAGGUUCUCUGUCGACGGCAUGGUAUCACACCGAAUCGGUACCAACACUGGAUACGGAAAUGAGGGAGAUUACAUUCUUGACGCCCGGAAUAUGACGUCCGAAGCAGCACCCGUCUACGACUCAGCUGGCAACCUUGCAUACCUUUGCAUGAUUUCAGCAUAUGAUCUUGGACGAUUCGUUGUACGAGCAUUGGAUAUGCCACAGUGGCCUGCGGAGCUUUCCAUGUGUGGAGAGAGAAUGAGUGUCAAUCAACUCAUUGAGACAGUCAAAACAUGUCGAGGCAAACUACUCAACAAUGUUGGGUGGCAAAACCCGGAAGGUCUAAGAUAUCAACUAAGCUUAGCUCAAAUGGAAGGAGACGUCCGGAGGCAACGACGACUUUUCACCCUCAUUGCAACGGCAGAAGGGCGUUACGACUUUGCCAACCCGGCCUACCUCAACACCCAAUUCCCGGACAUUCGACCAAUGAGCUUCCGAGACUGGUUCACCAGAAAUUGGGCGUCGGUGCCUUAG